AUGCCUGUCUUAUUCAAGCUCUUCAUUUUUAGCGUCUUGCUUUCCCUGGUGGUGGCUGUGCCACUCACCAAACGCUCGUUCAAAGUCGAACGGGUCAGGAAUCCGAACUUCAAGGGACGCAAUGGCCCCAGGGAGCUGUUGAAGGCGUAUCGGAAAUACCGAAUGCCAGUUCCACAACCCCUACUUGAUGCCAUGAACAACCAGAGCAACGGCACCACACCAACAAUCACAUCAAUUACCCAGGCAGACACCUCCGAGAGCGAAAGCCUGCGGCUAGACGCUACCGGUGGCAGCAGUACAGCAGCGGCGGCAGGAACGGCUACUGGUGCUGUCACGGCCACCCCUGAACAGGACGACGUCGAAUAUCUUGCUCCAGUCACCAUUGGCGGUCAAACCAUCAACCUCGACUUCGACUCGGGCUCAUCCGAUCUGUGGGUCUUCAACACACAACUUAGCCCCCAGUUAACAGCUGGCCAUCAAGUCUACAACCCUGCUGCAUCCAAGACCUUCAAAUUGCUACCGGGACAUACCUUUGAAAUCAGCUAUGGAGAUGGCUCUGCUGCUGCCGGGAAUGUCGGUACCGACGUGGUGGAGAUUGGCGGUGUUUCUGUCCAGAACCAGGCUGUCGAGCUUGCCACCAAAGUUACCCAGACAUUCAUCCAAGAUACCCAGAACAAUGGCUUGCUCGGCCUUGCCUUCUCCAAGCUCAAUACCGUCCAGCCUCAGCAGCAAAAGACCUUCUUCGACAACGUUCUCCCCUCUCUCGCCGAGCCCGUCUUCACUGCCGAUCUCCGCCAUAAUGCUGUCGGUGCUUAUGAAUUUGGCCGCAUUGAUAACACAAAGUUCACGGGACAGUUGGCAUGGAUUCCCGUCAACACAGCUAUGGGCUUCUGGCAGUUCACGACAUCUGCCUUCUCCGUUGGAAACGGCCAGUCUGUGAAAGUGAAACCGGCACAGGCUAUUGCCGAUACGGGCACCACUCUGAUGCUCGUUUCCCAAUCAGUGGCCAACGCCUAUUAUAGCCAGGUCCAAGGAGCGAAGAACGAUCCAAACGCGGGAGGAAUUACAUUCCCCUGCAACACAAACCUUCCGGAUCUCUUUGUGGAUGUGGGUGGGCGGUAUAUGGCCCGCAUCAAGGGCGAUGACAUCAGAUUCUCCCAAAUCGAUGCCACCACUUGCUUUGGCGGUGUUCAGCCCACGACAUCUGCGUUGGAAAUCUGGGGAGACAUCUUCUUCAAGUCUCAAUUUGUCGUUUUCAACGGCGGUAACAAUACGCUCGGCAUGGCCCAACAUGUGUAG